GACCCCAACGCCCCCAAGCGUGGUCUUUCCGCCUACAUGUUCUUCGCCAACGAGACCCGCGAGAAGGUUCGCGAGGACAACCCCGGCAUCAAGUUCGGUGAUGUUGGCAAGAUCCUCGGUGAGAAGUGGAAGGCCCUCAACGAGAAGCAGAAGGCACCCUUCGAGGCCAAGGCUGCUGCCGACAAGAAGCGUUACGAGGAGGAGAAGGCUGCCUACACCGCCGUAAGUUCCUCUUGA